AUGAGACUCACCGCCUUACUUUCGAUCUUUCUCUUCUACUCGUCGGUCCUGUCCGGCCGUGUUGGGGACGAUCCAGACACGACCGUGCAUUCGACCACGACCCUUCAUUCUACUGUCACCGUCGGUCACUAUAACGGCCCAACCUCAAGACCUUGGGCAUUCCCCCUUGCCGGCGGAGGACCGAAAUGGCAAUGGAGAGGAUCUCACGGUUUUGGUAGCAGCAACCAUGCGGUUGGUGUCAGACAACGUGACGGUAGCAGCCAUGACCAUGAUGGUGAACAUAAGGUGGUGGAGAUCCAGGACUUUGAAGCCCAGCCCGUCAGCAAUGCAGCAAGAUCCAACUAUCGACCGGCACCCUUCUUUGGUCUACUCACAUCUCUGGUCAAGACCACAUUUGGGGCGAGCGUGCCGGAUGCCAACAGCUGUUCUGAAGGCGAUGAAGUCGCAAACCCUGCUGCCAGAGCGGACCUGGUGAAACGAUCGGAACAUGUGACCAGGAAAUAUCAUCACCAUCAUCAUAACAACACCGCAAUCUCUCUCAGACCACACAGAAUGUUCAGCAUGCUUGCGCCAUGGCUGAGCGUUGGGACAGCAUCACGGCAUAUGCCCGACCCUAGAACCGAGAAUGGCGGGUUAAAGGUCAAGAAUCGUGAAGUCGCCGAUCAUGAAGCCAGUGAAAAUGGACACUACGUCGGCCAAAAUGAUCACGCUGUCAAGGGAGUUGUCGAUGUGCCUUGCAUCAAGGUGGAGAGAGAUGUUGAUGCAGAGCAGAGCAAAAAUGCCAAUGAGGCUCUUGGACUGGGCAGUGCACUAGUUUCUGCAUGGGAAAAGGCGAAGGAGAUUUGGUCCUAG